AUGCCUCCCAUCCGCGCCUCACGGAACCGCAAACCACCUCCAGACGGCUUUGCUGACAUCGAAGACACCCUUCUCGAGUUCAGCAACAAAAUGAAAGAUGCAGAAAAUGCCUCGCACGAGGGCAAGAAGAGACACGAGGUCCACUGGCCGAUAUUUCAGAUCAGUCAUGCACGAUCCCGCUACAUCUACGACCUCUACUACGAAAAGGAAGCCAUAUCCAAGCAGUUGUAUGACUGGCUGCUGAAAAAUAACUACGCAGACGCCCUCCUCAUUGCCAAGUGGAAGAAACAGGGUUACGAAAAGCUCUGCUGCCUUCGCUGCAUCCAAACCAAAGAAACAAACUUCAACGCCACCUGCAUUUGUCGCGUACCCAAAGCCCAGCUAAAAGAGGACCAGAGCAUCCAGUGUGUUAGCUGUGGGUGUCGCGGGUGUAGCAGUAGCGAUUAA